GCUCCCUUCUGUGAACACAAGUUUCCGACGGAAUCCCAACUGAAGGCACAUAUCUUCGAGGCCCACGAGAAGGAGGGUCUUCGCCCACCCGAUGGCUACCAGUGCUCAGUCUGUGACCGCAAAUACGUCAAUGAAAGAGAUCUCAAAUAUCAUAUGGAAAUUCAUACGAAUCCAAAGACGUGUGACAUUUGCGGUAAAAGAGAUUUCUCGUCGAAAGGACUCAUCAAACAUAUGAAGACACAUAAUAAGGACUAUAAAUACCGAUGCAUUCCUUGCAAUAAAACAUUUCCUUAUUAUUCAAAUUUGAUGAGCCAUAAGCUGCUGCACACCAACCCUUAUGUCUGCGAUCGGGAGGGCUGUGGGAAGAAGUUUGCCUCAAAGCACACACUGAAAGUGCAUUUGAUUAAACACUCGGACGACAAGCCCUACGAGUGCGACUUCGCUGGAUGUGGCAAACGAUUUAAACACAAGUCGUUUAUCCAAACGCACAAAAACAUCGCACACCUCAACAUCAGGCCCUACGAGUGCGGCGAUUGCGGGCAAACAUUUGGCACCAAAAUCAAUGUCGAGCGACACAUCAAAUCGCGGCACAUCGCCAAAGAUAACAAGUUUGCGUGCGAUUGGCCAGAAUGUGCCAAAUCUUUCCCAUUCCAACACCUACUGACCCGACACACGGAGUUACACACCGGCGCCAAACCAUACGUCUGUGAUAUCGUCGGUUGCGAUAAGAACUUCGCGACAAUUCAUUUGAUGCAAAUCCAUAAGAAGACUCAUUCGGCCCGUAAGAUGAGAUGCGAUCUCUGCCCCACUUUAUUGGCUUCAAAGCAGUCGUGGGCGCAACACAUGAAGGCCGUCCACAACGCCACUCAUACCCAUCUCAGCAAACGUAAAGGUAAGGCAUCUAAAACUAAGGUGGAAACGGUAGUCGACGGUUAACUCGGC